ACCGACGCAUGUUUUGCUUGCAUUCGUCUAUAAUGCGGUUUAAUGUCUGCAGCUGUUUCCAUCUGUCGCCUCAUUUCUGCAUUUAUUUUUGAGAUUCACAUGCAGUUACCACCACAGCCGAGGAAAAUUUGCAGGAUUUUACAAACAUGAGCGAUGUGGAAGACGAUAUGAUCGGGUCCGAUGAUCAAUCUGAUCUGGAUAGUGUGGCUUCCAGUGGGAAUUCUGACGAGAUGACCGUCGAUCCUCUACUGGAUGAUGAGCUCUCAGAUGCCAACAACUCAACAGAGGAGGUCUGGACUCCAGAGGUUACCCCAAAAAAGAGGAAGAGACCUUCUCCAGGAAAAUCUGCUGACUCUUUUUCAUCACCCGCCACUAUACCAGUUGUCAAAUGGAGAGGCAAGAGAAGGAGCCUGAACCGAUCGCCUGCAGAGUUUCAACUAAACACCUCAGCGUUGAAGUGGAACAGCAUGGAUGAACCUGAUGAUGAGCCGCGCCAACCGGUCUUCAAACCCAUCCAACCACCUGGACCACAGGUGGUCUGCAGCCCAUCCUGCAGACCUCUGCAAUAUUUCGAAUUGUUCUUUACGAGGUCGGUCCUUCAGACGAUCGUUGAUCAUACUAACAUUUACGCAGCACAAAACUUCAAAAGGGGAGAAAAUCAAUGGCGGGACACUUCCGUACAAGAAUUUAAGUCAUUCCUGGCAAUGGUGAUCUACAUGGGGCUGCUAAAAUGCUCCUCGCUAGAAGACUACUGGAAAACCUCCAACAUCUACCGUCUGCCCUUCCCUAACCGAAUCAUGUCCGGUAAGAGAUUUGUAUCCAUAUCCGCUGCUCUGCACCUCAGUGAUCCCAAAGUAGAUGCAGCGAAUGAAGAGAAGAAGGGAACAGAUGAAUACGAUCGUCUGUGUAAAAUCAAACCGCUGUAUCAGGACAUUCAAGAAGCCUGCAAGAACUCAUUCCAGCCCUUUCAGAACAUCUCCAUCGAUGAGAGAAUGGUAGCAUCAAAGGCUAGAAAUGGACUCAAACAAUAUAUGAAAAACAAACCGACGAAAUGGGGCUACAAACUCUUUGUUCUGGCAGAUUCGCUCUCUGGCUACACGUGGGACUUCUUCGUGUACGAGGGAAAGUCAGACACAAAGCAAGGCAAGGGGGUUGGCUACGAUACUGUCAUGAGGUUGGCAAAUGAAAAGUUGUUGGGUUCUGGCUACAAGCUGUUCGUCGACAACUUUUUCACCAGCCCUUCGCUGUUCGAGGACCUCCUGAGAAAGAAGAUUUGGGCUUGUGGGACUCUUCGUGCAAACAGGAUAAACCACUCGAAAACACCAGCUCCUCGUGGCAACAUACGCUGGUUCAGAGAUAACAAACUUCUGUUCGUCGAGUGGAAGGACAGAAGAGACGUGCUGAUGUGCUCCACCUUUCAUAAAGCAUUCAAUGGUGACACAGUGAAGAGGAAGGUGAAGGGAGAGAAAACAGGUCGGAGCAUCAAGGACUUCCCGGUUCCAGCUGCCGUGCUGGACUACAAUAAGCACAUGGGUGGAGUGGAUCUGUCUGACGCACUCAUUGGAUAUUACAAAGUUCUACAUAAAACAAGAAAGUGGUAUCGGACCUUCUUCUACCACUUUGUGGACAUUGCUGUGGUAAACGCCUUCAUUUUACAUAAGCACUUGGCCAAGGAAAAGAACGAGAAGCUGAUGACCCAGAAGGAGUUCCGGGAGGGUCUAUGCUCAGAUCUCGCGAAAGCAGGCAGUUGUUACUCUGAAGUUACUCCUUCUCCUGAACUUUUACACCUGCCCAAGUACAUCAGUGAUGAUGGCUCUGUAAGGCGGAAAUGCAGAAUGUGCUCCCUCAAAACGGCAGUCGUGUGUUCUGUUUGCAAAGUGCCAUUGUGCCUUAUUGCCACACGUGAAUGUUUUAACGACUGGCAUGAAUCUGAUUAGAGCUUAAAGCGGGUCAAUAUCCAGGUACAGAGAUUUUGUUUUAAGGUAAUGAAAAUACAGAAAGGGAACAUCGAGGAAGAGGUGAGCGCAAUAAGGCUGCCUAAAGUCGUUAGCAGGGUUUAGAAAGUUCAGAAACUCAAAAGGUGUUGUGGAUGAGAACAACACAGAGGUGGAGCCACAUGUUUAGAUUUACAGUACAUGAUUUACGAAUACAUAAACUGUUUUGUUUUAUUAAAUGCAUGUACUUGUGUCCAUUAGUGUUUACUUAAUCUAUUAACCAUUUUAACUUGUUAGCUGAUGUCACAGAUACAUCUGCGACACGUCUUUUUGAUGUCUGCAUUUACUUCUGCAAAUUGUAUUUUUUUGUUUUAUUUUGACCAUCUGCAAUGUCUCAGAGACGUCUCCUGUCAGGUGUCAUAUACUGUAGUCAUCUAGAUAAUGUCUGUAAGAUGUUUGUGAUUUAGAAUGUAUGUAAACCUGCGUUUUCUCAUAUGUUUAUCAGAUGUUUUUACACAGCGGAUGUAUUCCGGAUCUUUAGCAGACGUCACAUUUUGCUUUUCUACCUAAUGCAGUAUAUUGUGUAAAUUAUGUAAA